AUGUCGCGCGAUGAUACUCGGGACUUCUGCGAUAUGUCAUUUUCGUUAGUUCUGCAUGAAAGCCUGAGCUCAGCUCGCCCGGGUCCAUCCCCGUCGGCAUCCACUUGGAAGACGAGAAAAGGUUCCAGCCGUACGACUCCACCGAAGCCGCAGGACUUUAUCGACUCAAUUGUUCCGUGGGAGAUGGACACCCUCGACAACAAUGGAGAAGAUCGUGACAGGGCUCUGCUUUCCGAAUGGCUGGAUCGACGAUUUCCACCGCGAAGAGCCGCCUCGCGGUAUCCAUGUCUGUCUUUCUCGUGGAUGAUUGGUGAGACUGGGAUCACCGUGUCUUAG